AUGACUCUACAAAGUAAGGCUGAUUUGCGAGAACGAUAUAUUAGUGAUUUUCCGCAAAUGAUUGCUAAUUUAAACCGAAAAACAGCAGGUGUUAUUGUAAUUGGAGAUGAGAUCUUGAAAGGUAUAACACAAGACGUAAAUUCGAUUUUUUUUUGCAAAGAACUGCACCGUAAAGGAGUCCUGCUCAAAAAGAUAUCAGUCGUAUCCGAUGAUGUUGAAGAUAUUGCUCGUGAAGUGAAACAAUUCAGUAGACGGUUUGAUAUUGUUUUGAGCUCGGGUGGUAUUGGACCAACGCACGACGACCGCACCUACACUGGAUUAGCUAUCGCUUUUGAUGAUGAGUUGACGAUCAGGAAGGAAAUGAAAGAAUGGAUGAAGUAUUUCAUGUGCAAGAUGAGCAAAAUUAUACCUGAUGGUGGUCUGGAACGUAUGUGUACUGUGAGCAUUCAUUUAAAACUUCUUACUGUAAUCACAGAAUCUUGUCAAACUCCCACCACAUUCGAAAUCCAUUAUAUACCAAAAACUGCUCACUUGUUAUGGAGUGAACGAAGAGUUUUUCCGUUGGUUCAAAUGCGAAAUGUGUAUGCAUUUCCUGGUAUUCCGAAGUUCUGCACUGACGCAUUCAAAGAGUUUGAAGAUUCUCUAUUCCCUUCAUAUGCAACUAAGCCAUUUCACUCAUCUACUCUUCAUAUUAAGACUACGGAGUUACAGUUUUCGGACAUAAUGAUGAAAACAGCAGAAAAAUAUGGUGCAAAAAAUGUUUCGAUCGGAUCAUAUCCAACUACAAGCAAUAACUAUUAUAAAACAAAAUUAUUGGUGGAAAGUGAGUCAGCUGAUUUGGUCGAGAAAGUAGUACAAGAUUUGAAAACUAAUUUAAGAGAUCAAGUAACAUAUUUUGAUGAAGAACCGUGGAUCGAUACAGUCCAAAAGUUUAGUGUUUUCCGAGAAAAGGAACUAGAAAAAAACGAUGGGGGUUUUAUAAGGCGUCUGGAUGAUGCCAUGCAAUGUAUUGAUGAAAUAGUUUCUCAGAAGGAAUUGGAUGAGCUAUGUAUAUCGUUUAAUGGUGGUAAGGAUUGUACUGUCGUGCUGCAUCUUCUGCGAAUUGCAAUAGACAAGAAAUAUGGACCGCAGCAGACAAUAUUAGGCUUUCAUAUUGUAUGUGGUGAUAGCUUUCCCGAAGUUAAUCAGUUCAUUAUCGACACUGCGAAGUGGUCUGUUCAGUAUUUGAGAACCAAAUUUUGCCUAUUUGAAAAAUUUCUGUAUAAUAUAAUGAUACUCGAAAUAUCAGGUCCUUUGAAAGCAGGUCUACUCCAAUUAAAAGAUAUGCGGCCGAAAUUGAAGUGUGUAUUUAUGGGUAGUCGUGAAACUGAUCCAAGUGCAUCAUAUAUUAAAUCUAAGUGUCAGUCUACAGAUCCCGGUUGGCCAAGUUACUUGAGGGUUUGUCCGAUUUUGGAUUGGAGUUAUAAUGAUGUAUGGCGAACGCUACGCGGCAUUUGCAUACCAUAUUGUUCUCUUUAUGAUUUGGGAUAUACUUCUCUUGGAGAACGUGAUACAACUCGUAAAAAUGACGCAUUAAAAAUUGUAGAUGGCAAAGGUUGUACUGUUGGUUAUCACCCGGCAUAUAUGUUAGGAGCAGCUACAUUGGAGCGGUCAGGCAGAAGUUAG